AUGGAUUUGUUCGGCCUUCCAGUCCGGUGGACGGAGGGCGGAAAGAAAGGGCCAGGCGAAGAAGAAGAAGACCUUACCUGUGUCGAAACACCUGUUGCGCCUUCCACCUGUCUUUCGAGGGACGUUGUUCGAACGGAACACUUAAUGACCAAUAACAGUGAGAGGAAUUGUGAAGAUGUGAAGUACGGGGGAGAUGAUGAUGAUAAUGAUGAUGAAUGUGACGAACUGAAAUACGAUAGUGACGCGAAAUACGACAAGACUUGCGAUGAAGAAAUACGAUCCCUGACCGAGUCGAUCAAACUGAAGGAGGGAGAGAGAGCCACCAUCUGCUGCAGUGACCGCGACGCGAGUGAAAAUGAAAUUGCGACAGAGAACGAACGCGCCGUAUCGGCGACAGUGAGUGAAGGUGAUUUCACCUUCUCUUCAGUUUCCACUCCUCCUCGUCUUGCACUCGGUGAAACGUCGGCGGUUGAAGCCCGCCAUUAUCAGACCGCCACAGGUAACCUACUAAAGACCUCGACGGACCCUGAGCAGCUCAGUGUGAUUGCAGGUGCAGAAGGCGAAGGAGGGGGACCUCUACUGCUGCUGCGCUCCCUUGCAAGCCCCGAUCGCAAUGGCAUCGUCGACAGUGCCUCCAACAUGAGAGAAACCAAUUCGCUCUCCACCACAGCAGUGGAGAAUCAUGCGAACUACCACCACCACCACCAGCAAUCUCCGCCCUUCGUCGAGGCUCCUCGUAAUGACUCUCGACAGACUCAGCCUCGGCUAGUGAAAACGACGAGACAUCUAGAGAGCUUCUCUUACUACGAGGGAAGCGUCGUCGACGCCAGAUGUCUCGAUUAUGACAAACAGCAGCAUCCAGGAAACGUCGGCCACGACGUCAAAAAUGGCCAGCCCUUAGGAGGAGGGGGAGAUCUCCCGUCGGGAGACAGCGACGCAGACACGGACAACACCGACGGCGACUACGACGAGGAGGACCACUUCGCAGCCGAGCUGAGCCUCCGAAUAUCGACAGUGCAUUCGGAAGUGAACGGGAAAGGAAGAAGAGGCAAGGAUUGCACGUCCUACAGGAACUCGGACAUCCUCAGUGCCCUGACCAGCUGUCGAGGGGAGAAGAGGAGGGAGGAGGAAGAGGGGGCGGGGCACGGUGAUGCCCCGGGUAGCGUUUCCCCUCUAGCGAGCCAGGAUGGAAGUUCGCCCGAGAUGCCAGAUUCCCUCAGAUCCAGCGAGGGCAGAAGUGCCACGCGGUCCAUAGAGACUUUGAGUGAAGACAGUGGGUUAGGAGACCGCGACGUUCGCCUGACACCUUCGUCGCCUCUCCCUUCCAUAUCCGAAGGUGCCACUCGAGGAGUGCCAGUUGUCGUGUCAGCCUCGUCCGCCGCCGCCGCUCGGGGGACACAACAGCAGCAGCAGCAGCUUCUGACCUCCGUGACCGCUCGCCCCAAGAGGCAGGAUAUUCGUCAAGCGCGUAUUGCAAGGGCGCGUUCAUGUGGUGAUUUGCGUGCGCAUUCUGCCUCCUCAGACACCGAUACCGAGGAAGACAGCAACAUGAGAGGGUGGCACUCCCGCCUCAGGGGAAGAGAGGGCGGGAGAGAGGGCGUCACUGCAGACGAGGGGGUGCACAACGGCGGGAUGCAUCACGACAGACCUUUCAAAUCCAGUUACGCGAAUUAUCUGCAGCAGCAGUACCACGGUGAGGGAGCAGGUGACGGGCGUAACCCCCCCAGUAACCUCCGCUCCCAACCCCCAGCUCCCUCAUCUCGCUACCAGCAUCAUAACACCCCUGGUUCGCAUCCUCUCUCGGAGUCCGACGGCAGCGACAAGGAGGUCAAGUCGAAGUACCGGAGGGUGCGAGAAGCUUCCACCAGCCAUUCCAGACCGAGGAGGUACAAGAGUUUGUUGGAAUUCCCCAAUAGCAGUGAGUACUAUAACGAUAACGAGCGAGUGCCAAGGGCACCCCAUACCCGCUCCUCCAGGAGGCGCCCCCAGCCCAUCAGCGUCGAUCUGGCGGAGGAAUUCCUGAGUCAGGAGAGGCUGGGAACGACCGAUCAAAACAUUGUCGGGGCAAUUCGCACAAGUGACGAUAAAUUGACUGUCAAUAAGAACACUCCUCUCGCGACUGGCAAAGGUGUUGGCAUUGAGAAUUCGUCAUCGUUCUGUCCCAUGCCGUCGACCAAUCAGAUUCCACACGGCGAACCCAAGACCAAUGGGGUAGAGGUAGGAGGCGCCUCGCCGCCAGGAUCCUCCAAGGGGUCACGGGGUGAAGAAGAGGGGUUGGCAAAGCGUAAGGAUGAAGCGACGGCGGAUGUGAGGGUGCAGUGUGGAUGGCUCCCUGCCUCAUCCGCCGAUUCCGCUGCCUCUCCGACAGCGCCCUACCCUCAUCCUCGUCAUCCGCUUGAUGCCCUACACCACCAGCAGCUCUCCUACACCCCUCCAGUGCCCAGCCAUACCCCGCCUCACCCCCCUACCCAGCGUCAGACCCAUCACCAAUAUAGCUCUUCUUCAAGUUCGUCCGCCCAGUUACCAAAUGAGUGCCAACCCGUACGCACCAGCCAGAGUGGAGGAGACGUUGCCAUUCAUGACCCGAUUGCCCCGUGUGACCCAGGCGUUUCCUCCUCCUCCUCCUCCUCUUACCUCUCCGCAAGCAACCAACAGCAGAAUUCACAUCACUCGCUUCAGCAACAGCCGCCUUUCGUGGUGUCGAGCAAAGCCUCCAACGCCCAGAUUCCAAGAGCCGAGGGCGGGGAAGUGAUGGAGGAAGUGCCAAUCACGAGAGUUCGAACGAAGACGUACGGCAGUCAUGGCGAAGUAGAGGUUUACCUGGCCAGGGCGGACAGUGGGCGCCCUCCCCCACACCCAGGUGCUGCUGCCCCGCAACCCGUCCUCACGCCCACGGGAGGCCUUGAAAACAGAACCGGCUCCAGGGGCGUUACCUUUUCCCCUUCCGUGAAAGAGGUGAAUUGGAGGGAGAGUUACUACGACGCGGAACCCGAAGGGGAAGAUGUCAGUGAUUCGGUGAAGAAGUCCAGUGACGUCAGUGAAGUGAAGACGAAAGAAAAGUAUGCAGUGAAAACUCCCGUGUCACCAGUGGUUGCAGUUAUGCAACAACAACAACAACAACAGGAAGUAGUCCGACCACCUCAGGUUGCUUCCAUCCCCACAAUGCAGACGAGCAACGAUCAUGCAACCAGCAAACUCAAUGGUGGCUCCUUCGAACCUUCCACCGGGUCGUCGUCAGAAGCCGAGGCCUACGACGAAAGGGGGCAGCCCCUACAGCAGAAGAAUCCCUCGGGCCCCAUCUGGCAGAGAUUUAAGCUUCCCAAAAUAUCUUCGCCCAAAUCACCCCGGCCCAAAAUUAUGCCCAAGCCCAAAAGCCUCUCCCCUAGGUCAUCCGACGCCGAGAAUUCCAAAUCUACGACCCCGACGCCCCACGAGAGCGGCUCGUCGACGCCUUCCUCCCCGGACAGCAAGCUGAAGAAGGCUCCUCCGAGUCCGAAGUUCUUCACGUGGGGCAGCAAGAGGGAGAAGAAACCGCGUGAAAUCACUCGCCCUAAGACGCCUCCUCCACCUGUCCCCCGUGCCUCCCCUCCCCCUCCCUCUCCCUCUCCAUCUCCUCUGCCUACUCAGGUGAGUUCUGGGCAAGUAGUGGGAGGAGGCCAGGGGGGCGAGGCAGGUAAACUGGACUCUCCCUCCUCAGUCACUCUCACGGGCUUCCACCGUGAGGGCAGAAGCGAUGCUUCUCCUGUCAUUGUCAGUGCUAAGAAGAGAGAGGUGGUCGCGAGUGACUCGAAUAGAGAUGAUGUGAGGAUCGCUCCCGCUUUGCUCAUCGCCAAAAGACAGCAGUUACGCAAAAGUGAGCCUCCGGCAGUGACGAGCACUUCGAGUAGUUAUAGCACCAGCAGCAGCGUUAGUAGUAGUAGUGGUGGUAGGGUCAAAGAUCAGGAGGAGGAGGAGGAGGGGCGAGACAGACGGAGUCGGUCGGUGUCUUCGUCAGGGGAUGACUCUGGAGACGCCCGAGGGACGUCCCCUAGCUCUCGGUCAGCUGUUGCUAAGCCGCCUCUGCCGCCACACCUCCAGCGGCCGACUCAGCAGGCAUUCCAGAAAGCCAGACUCCUCAGUGCCCGCAGACAUUACUUCAGUCAGGAGCGACAGACGUCCGCCCCCGAGAGAGUGUCGCCUCCCAAGGACAACAAGGACACGACUGACGCCCUAGAGAGCGCCGUUUCUACACCCGCCCGUCCUCCCGCGACGCCUCCUCCAACUCCACCUGUCGUCUCCUCGUACAGGCGCACUACUUCCGCCUCGGGAACAAGCAGCUUUUCCUCCCCGGCAUCGAGGGACGCCCUCCCGACGAAGGGCAGCUUCGAUACUUCCAAGAACCUGAAGGAGAGGUUAGCAAGGUUCUCGGCCAGUACUCGCGCCGAGAGGGAGCGUCUCGCCCGUAGCACGCCCGACCUGAGUGUACUGAUAGAGAGUGUGCGCCGCCCGAACUGCCGUAUUGAUUCCUGCACUGGCGGAGGUGGUGCUGAAACGGCAGCAGCAGCAGCAGCAGCAGAAGACAUCCACGUCGCUGCUGCCGCCGCUAGUCAAGCCUGGGCCAGUGAUGGUGAAACAUCAAACGCCGCUCACGCCCACCAGGGGGCUUCGCACACCCAAAGCAAACCGAGACAGGCAAUCCAUGAGCGCUACAAGAAUCGGGCGCAGCGUAUAUACGCACGUUCGCGCACGCAGAGCACCGGAGUGCUAGAGACUGACCUGGACACAGGCGCUUCCAGGGAAUUACUGACCUUAAGGGAAACUAACCUCGACGACCUCUACAAGGACCUACACCACCUGCUAGACUCCAUACCCUUCGGGGGAGCCCCCACGCCCAAGACUGAAUCCAAGGCCAGGGCCAAGUCGCUGCUGGACCUGGAGGCUGCUGGCAGUGCCAUGGAGGGCCAACUGGAGGCACCCGCCCGCCCUCCGGACACAAGGGCCAAGAGCAUGGAGUUCCUCUUGGACGACGGAAAUAAGGCUGCUGUACAGCGUCGAUUCCUUAUGCAGGAAAGCAGAAAUUUCUGUGACAUACUUCCUCCUGAGAACGAGCUGAUGAAGGGAUCCGAGCGCCAGCUAUCCGAGGCAGAACUUCGAGUACGUCGAUCUCUGCAGCGUUUGGACGUUCCAGAAUGGAUGAAGAAUGCCCAGCCUCAGCAGACAGGGUUUCUGCUGCGUCGUCGAGACUAUGGCUCCAGCAGUGGUGGAGGAGGAUGGUCUGCCUACUCCUCAAAGACUGCUUCUAUGACAUCACUAGGCUCGUCCAGGGCACACACUCCCAAUACUCCCACAAAAGUAGUAAUUCCUACGAGAGUAGCUUCUAAAGCCACGACAGGUAUAGGGGGUGUAACUUCACCUGCCUCCAAUGCAUCAAUUUCACCAUCCCCUAGUGAUAGAAGUGGUUCUCUUUUCCAGUAUCCUAUUUCCAGGUGGUCUACCUCCAGACUUAAUUCAGGGACUACAACACCCACAGGAUCAGUCACAUCAACUAGGACCACCCCGCCUACCUAUGUACGUCAGCCUUAUCUUGGCUGGAGAUCACAAACAUCCUUGGCAUCACUGGCAGGUUCCCAGUCCUCCCUCACAAACACUGGAUCUUAUCUUACCGCAGCAGAUAGAUUAGCUCUUGGAAUUACCUCAUACAGUCAACGAUUUGUCAAACCAUCCGUCAGUGCCCAAGACAAAGAGAAUUCCUCAGCUCAGGCAAAUGCAGUUGUGACAAAAUCUGACAAUGAAGAAAUGAACGAAGAUGCCAGUACAAAUGGCAGUGUUAAACUCCAAGUGCCUACGGAUGUUGCGGACGUUCAUUCUUCCAUAAAAGAAGUCACGUCAGCUAUAGUGCACUACUGCAACGAGUCUACUCCUUCGCCCAGAGCCUCACCUAGAGGGUCUCCACGACCUGAAGGUCCAAGAGCCCCGUCUCCACGUCGCUUAGUUUGGGUUGAAAGUUCGUUUGUGGGUUCUCGUCCAAUCACCUCACCAGAGACACCAACAAGCUCCACCCAUGCAAUCACACCCACUUCACAGCUCAAUGGCCAUGAGGAGCCUGAGUCCAACGAGGCACCCUCACAGCCACCACAGCCUCCGGAGUUGGUAAGCCUAGUCAACAGCCUCAGCAGUGCGUGCAGUAGCAUCAGGGGUGAGAGCAGCAGAGACAGCACUGCUGCUAGUACCAAUGACAGCACAGCAGUUAUUGUCGACAGCAGCUUAGGAGAUAGCAGCAGAGCUGGCAGCAGGCACAGCUUAUCAGACAGUGCUCAAAGCACCGUUGAUAGGAGCACAGUGGGGAGCCGUCAAAGCACAGCCGAUACAGUCAACAGUGGACUUAGCAGUCGUAACAUUGACAGCCUUAACAGCAGAAACAGUGUCCUUAGCAGCAGGAGCAGUGGUGGCUGCAGCAGCAGAGGGAGUGUGGGGAGCAGCAGCAGAAGCAGCAGCAGCAGACCAGGGAGCAGUCGAGAUGAUAUGCAAGCUUCUCCAGGGAGCGGCGAAGUAGACGAAUAUGCAACUGUUCGACCUCCUGCAGUGUUUGAAGAUGACCCAGCGCCUUCUCCUAUGCCUGUUUCUGCGGCAUCUCAUGUAGUGAAUCCUAUUUCUCAAUCUAGUAGUGAAAUUGAAACAACAGCACCCAUGCUUUAUCAAAAUGCCACUAAUAUAGAAAUUUAUCAAAAUAGUCCAAGCAAUGCCUUUGCCUAUGAGCCCCAAUCACAGGACACCGGGGUUCAAAGGCCUAGUGAUGUGCCCAUUAGAAACUCUCAGACUGAGCAGAGAGAUGUUUAUAUGCCAAUUCAGUAUGGUGAAGGACAAACUCAGUCAAAAUAUGAUAAAAGUGAAAACAUCAGUAAUGAUCAUGAUUUUAUGGGGAAAGACAAUAUUGAGGGAACAUUUACAAAUCAAUAUAUGGGAGAAGACACUCUUGAUCAUUCUUCACAUGACCAGUUAACUGAUAGUACAACCUUAGAAGACGUCUUAGAUUCUCUCUUGGCCCUUCCCUCUGCCUCUAGGUCUCCGAGUCCUGUUAGUAGUAGUCAUCACUCAAUAGCGAGGCCCUUCAGCCAUCCAGGCUUUAGCAGUGGGCAAGAGGAAAGGGGAGAAGCUGCUUAUCGAUCGUCUCACUACAGCAUUGAGCAAUCUCAAGGGCGUACUGCAGGGCACGAUGCUUCCUCCGUCAAUGUGCUCCAUUAUGGUAACUUCCGAAACCACGACCUUCCGACAGAUUUCAAGAAUGAUGGAUACAGAAAAUCUUUCAGUUAUAGUUCUAGCAGUGGUGAUAGUAGCUACCUUCAACAACCCCCAUUGCCUCAGCCUCAGCAUCGCCACCACACUGUGGGAGGAGGAGGAGGAGGAGGAGGAGGGGGAGGGGGAGGAGGAGGAGGUAUUGUUGGAGGGUCCCUUCAGCAAGAGCGCCAUUACCAUCAUCUUGACCAUCGCCCUCCAUCAGAAGGUUCUUCCGCGUCCUUCUUCCUUGGGAGGGAUGAAGGUGAGAAUCUUCGUGAGCCGCCCACCUGCACCACGCACACCCUUUCACGCGCCCACUCUACGCACGCCCAAUCUCACGUUCACCUCGACCUGAGCGGUGCAACUCCAACCACCAAGAGGUUGGCUCAGCUAGAGGUGAAGGGUCCCGGAGGGACGAUUAGUGCUCAGCAGCUGACAGAGGAGACGCAUGGCACCCAAGUAUUGCUGCACCAAUCAGCUGUGCUCACGCAUUCGCCUGCACACUACUACACCAAUGCUCACAGCGCCAGUAAUGCUGCUGCUCUCUCUCACCUUGCUCAUAAUGCCUCCACAUCACAGUAUGCCUCUAUGGUUCCACCACCUGAGAAUGUUCAUGUUUCUUAUAUUUCUUCUUCUUCAUCUGCUCCUGUUUGUACCAUGAGCAAUUUUUGUGUCACAUCUCCCAGUGAGGGAGGCCACAUUUCAUCUCAGAAUUUACAUAAAAAGUCUGUUUAUGGUCAAGAUGUUCAAACGGCUUCCCCUCACUUGUACACUUCACCUUCAUCAAAGUAUCAGCCUCAGCCUUCAGUCAUCCCAUCAGUUACAUUUGUUAAUAUGGCCAAUACUACUUUGGUUAGCACUCAUUUGACUAAUUCAUAUCAAAAGGAUGGUCAUAGUCACUCCACAAAUACUAAUAUCUCUAGAACUGUCACAUGCAUUUCUAGCACUAACACAUUUGUUGAUUCCACAAUUAGCACCAGUGUUCAUACAAGCUACAAACCCCAGCAGACCAAUGUUCCUAGCCAUUUUGUUACCAACAGCAGCAAGGGGUCCGGCCAAGUCAAUCAGCUGGGAGCUUCCCCCAACAAGUCAGCGUCGGAAAUGGUUUCUCCGCUUUUAUCGGAUCUUGUGACAGAUGCCCUUCUAGCAGUAGGUGUUCUUGCUGCUGUGCCAUCUGCAGUGGAAACUAAGAACCAAGCUGGCCCUCGUGUCACUUUUCAUUUACCUCCUCGCCACAUGAACAUACCCCCAGACUCUUCAUCAGAAAAUGGAAAUGGAAAUGAAAAUGUUCGUGUUGAAGCUGAUGAGGAACUUAGUGGUACCAACUUAAUUGUUCGCUGCCGAAACCCAGGAUGUGGGCAGAUUGCUGAAACAGAGGAGAUCAAGAAAUCAUACAAAAUGUGCCAUAACUGCUCGACUCACUAUUGUUCGAGAGUCUGCCGACGACAGCACUGGGAACGACAUCGAAAACAAUGUAAGAGGAUUCAGGCCUUGGCAGUUGCCAAACAAGUGACUGCGAGAGCGCGGGAUGAUGACAGAGUUCUGGAUCGACUCAGCACUGUUGCUCGAAGAGGAGUGAGGGCACUGGGUCGUGGAACUGUGAAAAUAUUCUUUCAUGACGUCAAAGGCGCCGAGACAUUUGUUGCGGGGGGUGAAGUCCCAGAAACUCAUUACUUGACUGUUGAGAAUUUGUUACCUCAGGAGACUGGCCCAGAAGUUUAUAAGCAAAUAACUGAAUUGUGUAGACAUUAUAAUACUGACUAUAAAUUUAUACUAUAUGUAAGCAUUUGCAUAAUGAAUGAAAUUCCUACUGGGUCUUCGCCAAAAUGGGAAAGGGAAGUUGUUUCUCGAUGUGCCAAAUUACGCUUGUCGGGUGGAGGUGUUCGAAGUUCAGAUCUGUGGACUCCUCACGUCAUAACCAGGGACAUGGACGAACCCGAAACCUUAAUCUUAAUGUCGCUGCCAAUAUCAGAUUCUCAUACGUCCCCUCAGGCUGCUAGACAGAUAGCACUCAAUAACAUUCAAAGACACUUAAGGGAAAGAGGAAUCAGUUUGAAGCAUCAGUACCCUGACGUCCAUAGGAAAUUGACGGCCUACGUUGAGGCCGGCGAAGUAUUCCCUCCGCUCACCAUCUACCCAAGAGACGCCAACUCCGGCUCCACUUUCAUGUGUAUCAUCAUGCCUGAGACCGACCACGCCAAGCUGCAGCUCCUGGGCAGUGACGCUUCCAAGGUUCGCACCAUAGACAUCUCCCGGCCUCCGCCUUGAGGUUAACACUCCGGCCGUGCGGUUUCGUUGUCUGUCAUACUGAACAGAGGUCAUAUCACAAUCAGUCAUUUAGCUAGUUUAUACAUUUUACAUGACAAUCUUUGUUUCAGUGAGUUUUCAUCAACUAACUUUCUAGUUUCGACAUGUUACCAUUGUUCCCAUCAGGGAAGCAGCUUGUAUAAGAAUCGUAAAUUCGAUAGCCAGAAGACAUGGUAUGUUGUAGUUGAAACUACUAUUUCACCCCCUUCAUCAUGUGAUGCAUAUUUAAUGAAAACAUUAGAUUGUUUGAAUUUAUAGACUAUACAGUUCAUUUCUAAAGUAAUUGCACGUAUUGCGGGUGUUCUUUUUGAGUACCUGAUUUAAGAUAUCAUAUUCAAAAUCCUCCGCUGCGGCUUUAAACGAGAUCCAAGAAUUAUCUUUCACUAUUUAUGUAGUUCUUAAUUUAAAAGUUAUUUUAGAAUUUUGAAUUCAGGUGAAGCAAUUGAGGUCUUCAAGUGAUGCGUGUGGAAUUUUUCCAAGAGGGAUGUGACAUUAGAAUAAAGAUGAUCAGAGAUAACAUUUUUCUUUUUGCUAAAUAUAAAUGCAUUUCUUUGUUAAACGUGAAUGAGAGAUUUCAUAUCGAUUCUGCUGCAGUCCAGCUCAAACUUCCCGUGGACAAUAAAGCUCUAUAAUGGGGAGUUUAGCUCUUAUUUUUGUUUCUCACAGCCAGACAUCAGCCAGGUUACAGCAAUGUUUGUUUUGGUUUCCGUUGAAGUGUUUCGAUGGCAUCACAGGCUUACCAAGUGUUACAUCCAAAGUUCUGUAGCCUCAUUUCACCCACACAGGCAGAACUACAAUCCAUUCAUCGUAGGACUCCAAUCCAUGGACGCAUCUCCUAUCAUCAAUCACCUUUUUCACGAUCUCACGAGCCAUCAUCAUCAAUCGUUCAUCUAGACCGUCAUUCGAAGGUGUUUUAGGAACCCCUCCAUUUUACAUUUUAGCAUUUCAUUUUUCAUAAAGAGUCUCUUAUCUCCCAUUCCCUCUUUUCGAUUGUUGUAUUCACGGUCAGUUUAGGGAGAGACCCUUAGCGAGGAGACGCCGAAUUACUGACUAUAACCCUGUUUUAGCGUCGCCCUGUUUUUCCUUCUGUAUAGUCUUCUUCUUCUUCUUCUUCUUCUUCUUCACACAAAGAGCUGUGUCCAGAUGCGUCGUCCCUCACUAGGGGUCUUGUUCGAGAAUCUCAGUUACAACUUCUGUUUUUGAUUUGAGACAACUCACGCGCGCGCGCAAAUGAUGACGAUAAUGUUACUGUAAGAAAUGUUUUAAAAAAAAUAUGUAGGCUUGAUUUUUGUAAAAGUGCAAGUAAAAAAUAUAUUAGUAAUAGAUCUAAGUUGAAAAUUAUUAUAAUAAUAAUAAUGAAAGGAUUCAAAGCGGAUUCAAUCUAUUGUAUAUUUUGAUAGUGUGUGUUGUUUAGAAGACAUAAGUGCCUAUUGCAUCCCACAGAAUUUACCAAAUAUUUAACUGUUUCUAUGUACCGACUUCUUCCGUUUUAGUAUGGGUACUCUAUAGAGUUCGUGUUAUAAAUAAUAGAUAUUUAUAUUUAAAAAAAACCGCGAUCAUUUGUAUCUAUACUCUGUUUCUUUUCUCGAAUCUGUGUUGUGUUUUGUAUCGGAGAACACUGUUGUUUAUCUCGGCAUUCGUUACGCGAACCAAAAGGGCUGAGUGAUUGAUUGUAGAAGUAGGAAAUUUUUACAAACAAGUGAAUGACAACAAGCGUAAAGUCAGAGAUGGUUCCUCCGAAGACUCCUUUCAACUCGAGAAAGUUUUUUUUUUUUCAUCUUUGGAUUUCAGAGAUGGAACAAGCUUUUUGAUUUUGAAAAUGCAUUUCUUGCUUUAAAGUUCGUUAUCAAAAUGCAAUUUUUGCGAUUUAUGAAACUUGUCGUUUUUUCCAGAGGAGAGAGGGGAAAUGUUUUAUACCUAUCGGUUAAAUAAUGUUACUGGUAUUUUGUUAUAAGACCAAGACUGACAAAAAAUAUACUUCUUAUGUUAUAAAGACUUAUUUCAUUGGAAGGAUGAUGGAAGAAAAAUGUCAUGUAGAGACAAAAGAGAAUAUCAGUAAGGGUAUGUAAUCGAAUUCAAAUGUUAAAAUUCUUAUUGUUUUGUGUCGAGGUGGUCUUUGUUUAAUAUUUAUUCCAAUAUUCGGUUAAUUGUCUUUUCAAGGGAUAAUGUAAAUUAAAUACAUCAUAAUGGGCGAAUUGUGACUAAAGCGUUUUAAAGGAUAACGUUUAAAAUAUGGGCUUUGGUAUUGAUGCACUUUAAUUGUUACUGAAAAGAACAUAUUUCUCAGGACACAUUCAGAGAGUUACGGUGCAAGCGAUAUAUGAUACUGAAUUUAUUGCGAAGUAAAUAAUCUAACUGAUAAAUUUGGUAGAUGAUUUUGAUUAAUAUACUGUAAAAGAUACAUUAAGAUUAGUACUUUGUAAAGCACACAUUGUAAAAGAGAUUUCAUUAAAUUAGAGACAAUGUACAGGGUACGCGUUGAGACAUUAUAAAUGUUAUAUAAAUACAGCACUGGUAAAGCAUACGUUUUAUAGGAUACAAUACAAAGUAUAUAGAUUAUGAACGAUACACCUGAUCGAAUGCAUUGCAAAGCAGGCAUUAUAGUGGAUACAGUGAAAAGGAUACAAUGAACAGUAUCCAUUACAUAAAUUAUUCACUUCUUUUAAUAAAAUAAAGUAAUAUAUAAACUAUAAGAUGUAGAGUAUUUUAAAUUACUCAAAGGAAAAUGGGAUCUUCAGAAUACUGUCAUGAUUCGCAAAAAGAUCAAAUUUCCCACUUCCUUUAGAAUUUGAUGUAUCUCGUCUGCUUUUGUCGCAUUGUAGUAUCUUCUGUCCUUUACUCCAUUCAUACAACGUAAAAGAUUUUGUGGCCUGUGAUACAGUGGUAAUCUAAGCAAGCAAAUUAAUUGUGGGAGUGAACAAACGGAUUUGUAAUGCCCGCGAAUAAAAAUUAAAUGGUCACGUAUAGCAUCAGCUGUAGCCUCUAAAAAAAAAAAAAAAUUUUUCAACCCUCGCUAAUCUCCUUGAGGUACUCCUGAGAAAGUCGGAUAUAGUUGUCAAAAAAAAAAAAAAAAAAAAAAAAAGGAGUCAUUGAUUCCAAACUGUAUUCUAUCUCGAGUUGAAACGAGUCUUCAGACUGUUAGAGAGUAAAAAGGAAAUUUAAGAAAAUAUAAGAACACUGCAAAAAAGCAACAAAAAUAUUUGUAAAAUCUGACGAUUUUAUUUUAUUUCUUUUUUUACCCUGCAGCUCCAGUUCACGACCUUAUAGCGAUAUAUAGGUUCCAGUUUUGUGAUAAUGUAAACUACGAUAUAGUAGUGAAACUAGGGUUCUUAGACAAGAAAAUUGUGAAAUUGUAAGCGACAGUGGUGUUACAUAUGGUGAAUGCUGAUGGUGAUAAAUGAAAAAAAACAUUUAAUGUUUAAUAUAAAUAUAAUGGUACCAGUAGUGAGACUGGGUUGGUGAUGAAAGUAUUGGAAAUGUAUUAUGUUAAAGCUUUGUUUAAAAAAGAGUUUUAACCAAUAGAGGUUAUCUAUGCAAAAAACAAACAAAAAAUCUAUAAAAAUAACAAGGUACAUCAAAUGCAUGGUACACAGCACAUUAUUUCCAGGGGCUUUAUACUGACCUACUUCCUUUUUGUGAGCUAUUGUGGUACUAGAUAAAAAAAAUGAAAAGGAACGAACUAUAAAUUUAAACAUAGUGUUCAUGAAUAGACAUUUCAUCUCAGAUUCCCAACUUGCCUAAGACAUUUUUCGCCUUUAAAAAUGAUUUUAUUUUGACUUCUGAAGAGGAUGGAAAGCGAAGCGAAGAAAUAAUAAUAUAAAGUUACCUGUAUAUAAAAAUUGAAAAGCUACCUAUCAUUUAAAAGAUGCUAUUGUUAUCCAAUGCUCUCAAGAGAAAAAUUCUUUUUUCUAUUUCAUUAAGAGUGCUCGGUGUCCUUAACUCAGUAACUUCAUUCUCGGUCGAAUGGUUAUAUAUUCUCUAUAUCAAGAUGUCAGGAGUUUUCUCUUCCUCGGUGCAAAAGAGGACGUUUUAUUGUACCUUAAUAAAACCAUUUCAAAGAAUC